GGUACCCCAGGAAAAGUCGGGGCGAGGAAGCACAGCAGGGAGCGCCGAGGGCGAGGCCCGGCAGCCGCCGGCGCCCGCUGUGCCGCCUCCUGCCCGCAGCUGCUGGCGCUAGGCUCUGCGACUUGGCGUGUGAAUCUGGCUCGCCCCUCCGUAUUAUGUCUGCACUCCGAAGGAAAUUUGGGGACGAUUACCAGGUAGUGACCACCUCGUCCAGUGGCUCGGGCUUGCAACUCCAGGGGCCGGGCCAGGGCCCACAGCAGCAGCUGGUGCCCAAGAAAAAGCGGCAGCGGUUCGUGGACAAGAACGGCCGGUGCAAUGUGCAGCACGGCAACCUGGGCAGCGAGACCAGCCGCUACCUUUCGGAUCUCUUCACCACCCUGGUGGACCUCAAGUGGCGCUGGAACCUCUUCAUCUUCAUCCUCACCUACACGGUGGCCUGGCUCUUCAUGGCGUCCAUGUGGUGGGUGAUCGCCUACUCCCGGGGCGACCUGAACAAAGCCCACGUCGGCAACUACACGCCCUGCGUGGCCAACGUCUAUAACUUUCCCUCCGCCUUCCUCUUCUUCAUCGAGACCGAGGCCACCAUCGGCUACGGCUACCGCUACAUCACCGACAAGUGUCCCGAGGGCAUCAUCCUCUUCCUCUUCCAGUCCAUCCUCGGCUCCAUCGUGGACGCCUUCCUCAUCGGCUGCAUGUUCAUCAAGAUGUCCCAGCCCAAGAAACGCGCCGAGACCCUCAUGUUCAGCGAGCACGCGGUCAUCUCCAUGAGGGACGGCAAACUCACGCUCAUGUUCCGGGUGGGCAACCUGCGCAACAGCCACAUGGUCUCGGCGCAGAUCCGCUGCAAACUGCUCAAAUCUCGGCAGACACCUGAGGGUGAAUUCCUUCCCCUUGACCAACUCGAACUGGAUGUAGGUUUUAGUACGGGGGCAGAUCAACUUUUUCUUGUUUCCCCCCUCACGAUUUGCCACGUGAUUGAUGCCAAAAGCCCCUUUUAUGACCUAUCCCAGCGAAGCAUGCAAAGUGAACAGUUCGAAAUUGUUGUCAUCCUCGAAGGCAUUGUGGAAACAACAGGAAUGACUUGUCAAGCUCGAACAUCAUAUACUGAAGAUGAAGUUCUUUGGGGUCAUCGUUUUUUCCCGGUAAUUUCCUUAGAAGAAGGAUUUUUUAAAGUUGAUUAUUCCCAAUUCCAUGCAACAUUUGAAGUCCCUACUCCACCCUAUAGUGUAAAGGAACAGGAGGAAAUGCUUCUUAUGUCAUCCCCUUUAAUAGCACCAGCCAUUACUAACAGCAAAGAAAGACAUAAUUCUGUGGAAUGCUUAGAUGGGCUUGAUGACAUCAGUACAAAACUUCCAUCUAAGCUGCAGAAAAUUACUGGAAGAGAAGACUUUCCAAAGAAACUCUUGAGGAUGAGUUCUACAACUUCAGAAAAAGCAUAUAGCUUGGGAGAUUUGCCCAUGAAACUCCAACGAAUAAGUUCAGUUCCUGGCAACUCGGAAGAAAAACUGGUUUCAAAAACCACCAAAAUGUUGUCUGACCCCAUGAGCCAGUCAGUGGCUGAUUUGCCACCAAAGCUUCAAAAAAUGGCUGGAGGAGCAGCCAGGAUGGAAGGGAAUCUUCCAGCAAAAUUAAGGAAAAUGAACUCUGAUCGAUUCACAUAACAAAACAUCCACUUAGGCAUUAUUUACUCUUUGAUUUAGUCACAGUCCAAUAUUUGGCUAAUGAAACAAUCUUCUCUAAGAAAUCUGAGAGGUGCAUUUUUUCCUACAAGUCAUAUGUGCAUAUUUGAGAAUUUUUCCCAAAUAUAGCUGUAUUCAGAAAGCAAAAGUUGUGAAGGGAGAACAUCCUAAAGUUCUUAUUAACAGGCAUGUAUUUUCCCAUCAAGCAUGCAAUAAUGUUCAUAUUUUGCAUUUAGUUUUAUGGCAUGAUUUAUAUAUGGUAUAUUUAUAUUGUAUAUUCUGGAAAUAUAUAUAUUUAAAGGAGUGAUACUCUCCAUUACAUUUCUAACAUAUGUAUUAAGCCAAACAUGAGUGGAUAGUUUUCAGGGUGAUAAAAUUAUAUAUUUAUAUAUAUACACAUAAAUACAGGUAUAUGUAUAUAUAUUCAGACACACACACAUACAUAUAUAUCUGAUAAAAUUGUGGUGUUUUGUUCAAAGUUGUAGUUCUUGUGCAUGUUUAUUAGGCUAGGAUGGCUUCUGGCAUUAAUUAUUAAUACCAAAUAUUUUAGCCUUAAAUUAUUUGUCAGUUAAAAAUCUGAUUUAAUGUUUUCUGAUGUUUAAGGUUUUGGGAGAUUUUCAAAUGUACUUUAUAUGAGAGAAUCAUACAAGUCUGUGCUAUUUAUGCCCUGCAAAAAAUUAAUAAUAAUCACUGUAUAGUUGUAAAUUUUAGAGCAUAUCAAUAUACUGAAAAUUUCUUAUGACUUUUAAAUACUGCUAUAUCUAGAAAAAUAAUCAUCAAUUAAUUUGAGGAUUGGUCUUUAUCUGAGCUAACUAAAAUAUAGAAAUAAUUUUAUAUAUGAUCUAAUGCAAAUAUGAGCUCUGAACAAAUGUGUAAUCAUUGUAAUCAUCAGUAGCCAAUUUAUAUUAAAUAUAUCAAAAUCUAUGUGGUUACAUAAGUAAUGUUCCUUGUUUUAAGUUGAGUUCAUUGGUAAUUUUUAAUUUUCUUUUACUUUUCUGAAAUUUCUGUUAUUUGAAUAACUAACAGUUUAUCUCUGAAAGAAUGCAACACUGCACUGAAAAAAUGAUAAAUAUUCAUGCUUAGAAUAUGUGUGUCUAGUUAAAGAUUUUUUACUGUAAUUACUUUUUAAAGUAAUCUCUUGUUAAUGACAUUUGUUGUUUAACAGGACAUAUUUUUUUUCUCAUCUGGGAACCUAUCCCACCCCAUUCUCAUCACUCAGUUCAGCAGGAAUUCCUGAGAAACUUUUUAAUUAGAUUAAACUAUUUGGGUCAUAGUUUUUGUUUUCUUUUGUCUGGUAAACAUUGAUAUUACAAAAUCUUAGCUCUGUGUCUUACCAAAUUAAUUUCAACACUCUUUUUUCCAACCCCAAGGUCUGAUAUUUAAGAUUCAGUGGGGAUUACAACUAUUGCUCAGUUAGAACACCUGAACAAUAAAAAUUGGAAAUGCAGUUUUAUAAAACUUAUAGGUGAUCUUCAUGGAUUUUCUUAUUCUUUUGGCAUUUCAAUCUAAGUUUGUUAAAAUUUUACCUAUUUCCUCUCAUUAAUAUGUAAAACUUUAAUGGCUGGUUUAGACCCCCAUUACCUUUUUUAACAAACUUGUGAUGAUUUUCUUAUUAGAAAAUAAUUAUACCAACAAUUCUAACAUUGAUUAUAGUAAUACCUUCUGGCUACCUCUCUAUCAAUCAAAUUCUAUAGGUGCAAACAUAUACCAGGGAAUUGUUAUUGACAUAAUGAUCAACUUUGAGAAUCCAUCCACUGUGAGGAGAGCUGGUUACCUUACCCCUUGAUCUUCAAACUUUCAUAUUUUCUAGACUUAUAAAAUAAAAUAACAAUAACAAACAUAGAAGGGGUCUCAGGGGCAUGAUCUAGUCACUAGCAGCAGAAGAAACUGCAUAGACCAUUAAGGCCAACCAUUUAGAAAUAAGUAGAGCCAUAACUAAAUUUGGAUAAUAGUUUAAGAUUAUCUUUGGUACCAAGGAGAAUAUGAGGCCAAAUUCUCAUCUCUGAAUAUACUAGUGCAUUCAAGAAAAUUUUGCAUGUAUUUUAUGUCUUAGGCAUUUUAUCUCCUUGUGAUUUCUAUUAUGACAAAGUGAGAGAAGGCCACUGAUCAUUUGAAACCUAUUGUAUGUAUGACGGUAAGGCACCGUGGAGACACACAGGAGCAAACAUAAUUAUUUCAGAGAGUUAAACUAUAAGCAGAGUGGAAAACAGGAUAUGAUGAUAGAAAUAUGUCAAGUGGAGUAAGAAAUAUUAUACGAGAGAUAACUGACUCGUGGAGAUGAUUGAUACCUGAUUGAUACUAGAAAACUGCUGUUUCCAAAAAUUUCUUUAAUGAAAGCUUUUCUUUUCUUGAAUGAAAGCUUUGUCUUUUCCACAUAUAAAUGGGAAAGAUAUCAUUUUUACAUGUAAUUGCAGUUUAAACCUUACUGAUAAGUUAAUUAUAGGUCCCAGUUUACCUAGAAAGGUUCCGUUUUUACCUGUUGUACCUGUGAAAUGAUUAAUAGCACUCACUUUUGGUAUGUCCUGGUUUGGAUGACAUUUGGUGACUGUAUGUUUUUGUUGAAACUAAAUUAUGAAGUCUGGCAUAUUUGGAUAAAAAAUAAAGAAUUUCCUUUUCUCUUU